AUGCGCCUUUUGACAAUCCCCGUCGCGCUGGCCCUCUCGGCCUUGUGCACCGCUUACCCUCAGCCACUUCGACAGGCCAACAACAAUGUCCAAGGACAGCAAAUCACCUUUGAUUCCCAACACCACCCAGCUUCGCACUACAACGCCAACAAUGACAACAAUGGCUAUGCCCGCUUCGAUGACCAGCAGGUCCUCCGUGUCGAGGUCUCUUCCAUGGAGGAGCUCAAGAAACUCGAGACCACCGUCGAGGACAAGAACUUGGAUUUGUGGUCAAACCUUAGGAUCGGCACAGUUGAUGUCCGCAUCCCCUCGUCUGAGAUCGAUGCCUUCAAGGCCGCUAUCCCCUUCCCCUCAACCGUCAUGAUCCCCAACCUUCAGGAUUUGGUCCCUGACCAAGCACCCGCUCUCAACAUCCAGCCCGCCUCCUCCUGGAACUACACCGACAACUCCUUCUGGGAGAACUACCAUGAUUUGGCGACUCUCAACAACUUUACAGAGUCCAUGGUCCAGCAGUUCCCGGACUUGGUGACCCGUACCUCGAUGGGGUUCACUCAUGAGGGCCGUGAGGUCUUUGGUAUGACCAUCCAUGGGUCCAAGAAGCGUCAGCAGAUGGAGGCCCUGGAGGAGUUGGUCGAGGAGGUCGAGGAGUUGCUUGAAGAGGCGAGCUCGUGGUGGUCCUGGAUGUUUGAUUCCGCCUCUUCCUCGUCAUCAUCCAAGCCCAAGGAGUUGAAGAAGCCAUCCGAGCCCAAGAAGCACCCCAAGGCCAUUGUCAUUCACGGCGGCCAGCAUGCUCGAGAGUGGAUUGGACCCGCUGUUGUGACGUACAUCGCCAAGGAGCUGAUCCUCGGCUAUGGCAGCAACAAAAAGAUUACCCGUCUCGUCGACCAGUUCGAGUUCACCAUCGUCCCUGUCCUCAACGUCGAUGGAUAUGCCUACACCUGGGAGCACAACCGCAUGUGGCGCAAGAACAGACAGCCCACCUCCAUCCCUUUCUGCCCCGGCAUCGAUCCUAACCGCAACUGGGGAUACAAAUUCGCUACCGGCGGCAGCUCCGGAAACCCCUGCAGUGAUGCAUACCACGGUUCAGAGGCAUUCAUCGCCAAGGAACCCAAGAUGAUUGCAGACUACAUCCUCAAGAAGGAGAACGUUGUCAGCUACAUUGACUUCCACUCGUACUCUCAGCUCUGGAUGACGCCCUUUGGAGCCGACUGCUCCAAUAUCCCUAAGGACGAUGAGGACAUCAUGGAGGCUGGUAUGGGUGCAGCCAAGGCCCUCAAGGAUGUUCAUGGAAAGAAGUUUGCUGUUGGAAGCGUCUGCAAGAUUAUCUACCAGGCUAGCGGUGGAUCCUUGGAUUGGACAUACGCGGAAGGCGGAGUCAAGUACUCGUACGCCGUCGAGCUGAGAGACACAGGCCGCCACGGAUUUAUGCUCCCCGAGGAUGAGAUCAUUCCAUCGUCCGAGGAGACCUUAGCUGGAGUCUUGCACCUUGCCAACUUUAUCCGCAAGCGUGAGAAGCAGUGGAGAUACUGA